UUUGUGAAUCGCAUACGGUGUGUGGUGGUGGAGGUGGUGCUGGGACGUGGCAUUUGCGAACAGCUUGGUCGCCUCUGCGGAACUAAGGAAGCCCGCACACAAACAGCAUGUCCCUCAAACGAAUUAAUAAGGAGCUGCAGGACCUGGGCCGGGAUCCGCCCGCCCAGUGCUCGGCGGGUCCAGUGGGCGACGACUUGUUUCAUUGGCAGGCGACCAUCAUGGGUCCGCCCGACAGUCCAUACCAGGGAGGCGUGUUCUUCCUCACAAUCCACUUCCCCACAGACUACCCCUUCAAACCCCCGAAGGUGGCGUUCACCACGCGCAUCUACCACCCCAACAUCAACAGCAACGGCAGCAUAUGUCUGGACAUCCUACGGUCACAAUGGUCGCCGGCGCUUACCAUUUCAAAAG